AUGACCUCGGGCGGCGCCGUAUGGGACGCUAUGUUGGCUCAUCAUAAUCCCUUCUCAAGAACUGUCUUGAGUUUUGCUUCUAUAUGGAAGUGGGCUUGGCAAUUGGUGCUUAUUCCGAGCCCGGCCAUACAGGAAUUGUGCUCAAGCACGGUAGUACCAGUACGUCAUAAAGAGCCAACAAGCAAACGAGAUUCAAGGCAACUGACAUUACGUCACAAGACUGCCGAAGAAACUAGAUACUCCAACACCAUACCAAAGAAACCGAAGAAAACAAAUCGCAAAUCAGAUGCGCAAACUUUAAAAAACUCCUCCAGGACCUGCAGAGCCAUUGCUCUUCGCCAGGAUUUACACCAUUUUGUUCGUAAAACUCCAUAUCCAUCCGUAAAGAACAACCAACGUGCGAAGCUUGAUCCUGUUGCCAGGUGGUAUAUUCAACUUCGUAACUCCAUUGCCAUGCCACAAGCCAGUAGCAUGAACCCUUUGAAAGAACUCCAGCCUAAAUGGAAUCAUUUCUGCGAAGUCUAA